GGGGCGACCGCAGCCCCGGAGGCGGCGGCCCCGGAGCCCAGGAAGCCGCACGGGGUGAAGCGGCAUCACCACAAGCACAACUUGAAGCACCGCUACGAGCUGCAGGAGACGCUGGGCAAAGGCACCUACGGCAAAGUCAAGAGGGCCACCGAAAGGUUUUCGGGCCGAGUGGUUGCCAUAAAAUCCAUUCGUAAGGACAAAAUUAAGGACGAACAAGACAUGGUCCACAUCAGACGCGAGAUUGAGAUCAUGUCAUCCCUCAACCAUCCUCAUAUCAUCAGUAUUUACGAAGUGUUUGAGAACAAAGACAAGAUUGUGAUCAUCAUGGAGUACGCGAGCAAAGGGGAGCUGUACGACUACAUCAGCGAGCGGCGGCGGCUCACCGAGAGGGAGACCAGACACUUCUUCCGGCAGAUCGUGUCCGCGGUGCAUCACUGCCACAAGAAUGGUGUGGUCCACCGAGACUUGAAGCUGGAAAAUAUACUGCUGGACGACAACUGCAACAUUAAGAUUGCUGACUUUGGCCUUUCCAACCUGUAUCAGAAGGACAAGUUCUUGCAAACAUUUUGUGGGAGUCCACUCUAUGCUUCUCCGGAAAUUGUCAAUGGCAGGCCUUACCGAGGACCAGAGGUGGACAGCUGGGCCCUGGGCGUGUUGCUUUACACCCUCGUUUAUGGAACGAUGCCCUUCGAUGGCUUUGAUCACAAAAACCUCAUCCGGCAGAUCAGCAGUGGAGAGUACCAGGAGCCCACGCAGCCCUCAGACGCCCGAGGACUCAUUCGGUGGAUGCUGAUGGUGAACCCCGACCGCAGGGCCACCAUCGAGGACAUUGCCAACCACUGGUGGGUGAACUGGGGCUACAAGAGCAGCGUCUGCGACUGUGACGCCCUGCACAGCUCCGAGUCCCCGCUCCUGGCUCGCAUUAUCGACUGGCAUCACCGGUCCACUGGGCUUCAGGCUGAGGCGGAAGCGAAAAUGAAGGCCCUGGCCAAACCCGGCCCCGCCGAGGUCAUGCUGGAGCGGCAGCGCUCGCUGAAGAAGUCCAAGAAAGAGAAUGACUUUGCCCAGUCCGGCCAGGACUCGGUGCCGGAAAGCCCGUCCAAGCUGGCUUCCAAGAGGCCCAAAGGAAUUCUGAAGAAGCGGAGCAACAGCGAGCAUCGCUCGCACAGCACCGGCUUCAUCGAGGGCGUCGUCGGUUCCCCCCUGCCCUCUGCUUUCAAGAUGGAGCAGGACUUGUAUCGGACUGCCGGGCCCCUCCCCAGCUCCCCGGAGGCGGACGCCCCUGGCAAGCUCAGCCCCAAACAGUCAGCCACGAUGCCCAAGAAGGGCAUCUUGAAAAAGACCCAGCAGAGAGAGUCGGGCUACUACUCUUCCCCAGAGCGCAGCGAGUCUUCCGAGCUGUUGGACAGUAAUGAUGGCCUGGGGAGCAGCCUCCCUUCCCCCAGCCCCCCGGACCCGGCCAGGCCGACCGUCCACAGCCUCUCCUGCCGCCGGAAGGGCAUCUUGAAACACAGCAGCAAGUACUCCGCAGGGACCCUGGACCCGGCGCUCACCAGCCCCGACGGGCCCUCGCUGGCGUCGUUGCUGGAGCCCGGCGUCCCCGCGGAGGGCCUGAACCGGAGCUACAGCCGGCCUUCCAGCGUGGUCAGCGAUGACAGUGUCUUGUCCAGCGACUCCUUCGACUUGCUGGAUUUGCAGGAGAAUCGCCCCGCCCGCCAGCGCAUCCGCAGCUGCGUCUCUGCAGAAAACUUCCUCCAGAUCCAGGACUUUGAGGGACUCCAGAACCGGCCCCGGCCCCAGUACCUGAAGCGGUACCGGAACCGGCUGGGAGACAGCAGCUUCUCCCUCCUUACGGACAUGGAUGAUGUGACUCAGGUCUACAAGAAAGCCCUGGAGAUCUGCAGCAAGCUCAACUAGCUCCCGGGGCAGGGUGGGGUGAGGGUGGGUAGAGGGAGGAGUGGGAGCAAAGACUUCGCUAAUGAGCUGGUUACCUCUUUGUUGGUCAUGAAAAUAGACUGAUAAGGGAUGGGUGCUGUCUUGCUUGGCCCAGCUGGCCGUCUUGAGUCAGCACCUAAAAGGGAAAGUGGGCGCUCUGCCAGUCCUGCCAACUGCCAGUCAGAAUUUGGGUCCUAAUUGGCAUUUGUUGUAUGGCAUCACCACCAGCUGUCCAAGGGAGGAAUUGGCCAGCAUUUGGAGGCUUGAAGCAGAUGGGAGAGGGAGCACUGUCAGAUAGACAGGGCCAUCUGCUUUGAGCGAGCUUGAAGAGCUCUCCUGUGCUCACAGCAAGUUUGAACCAUUGGGUUGGCCAUGGGUUUCAGAUCUUGAGUUGGCGAUUGAUUGCUGAUGGCUGCUGGGGGUGCUGAUUUGAGCAUAGGGAAGGAGUGCUGUGAUUGAUUAGUAAUGGCUGCCAUGGAGGUGGGACGGGAGUGGCAGAAGCACUCACACCAGGUAGUUUCCACCCUUGCCCUGGAUAAAUCCUGGGUUGGGCUAAGGCAUCCCGUGCGCUCUGCAUUAACUCAUGCCGCUAGGGGGGCAUUUGUUCAUUUGAUACUAUCCUUUGAAUGGUCAGAGAUAAGACUGAUCAGGAACAUAGAGUCAGCCCAUGGUGAGUUUUGAAAGCAGCGCUUCUUGCUGUCUUCAGUGCAACCUCCUGAGAUUGGACAGGGAAAAAGACAGUGGUGUCAGAGGUCAAACCUAUGAUGAAUUGUGGGGCUUGUGACCCCUUGUCGUGUUUGCGCAGAUGAAUGGAAGUUGACCCACAGCAGCCAAUGGGGGCAACUUGUCAAUUUCUUUAAUGUCUCAAUAUUAACUGGAAUGCUGCCUCUUGGGUUCUUGCCUGCUUGAAUCUGGGAAUUGGAUGCGAUACUGUCUAUAAUCUACAAAGGAAUAACUGCCUCAGCCAUUUGCCCUGUUUACUAAUAGCAUAUGUUUUCCCUGUCCAUCGGGGUAGGUUCCUCAGAGGUAGGGGAGCUUGUUUCUAGGGAGUUAGUGAGUAGGUGAGAUAUGAGGAUGAGGAAAGGGAGGUCAGGCAGAAGGUGCUUUUCCAAAUAGGUGUUCUGAGUUGUGGUUUUGAAGGCCUACGGUUUUGGUGAAAAGAAGGUCCUAUCUAUUCGAACGAAGAAGGUGGGGAAAGAUCUGAGUGGGUUGGGAGGAAGCAUCCAGAAGAGAAAAUGUUUCCUGAGAAAUCAUCCAAAUGGUUUUGGUGGUGGCAGAAAAAUGGGGGUGACAGGCUCCUAGCUUAUAAAAUAAACUAGGCAUUUGCCUUCUGAGCACCCAGGUGACAGGACACAUGGACUCACUCCCACAUGGGACAGCUUCAGUUCAGAUACUGGAUUUGGGAUUAGUGGUCUUACCUUGGAAAUUUGGGGUGACUCACUUGGGCAAGUCAAAACCUUUGUUUCAACAUGGCUGACUUCUCACGACCACCCAGGUAUAUCAGGAGACUAGCCUUGGGGCUGUUUUUGGAAAAACUAACAGAUACUAUAUAGUUCACCUUAAGAAUUCACCUUAAGGCACCAAGAACACUGAGCAGAAACAGCUGUUCCCAGGGGAGAUGGCUACAGGCGCUGGCUUUGGUUUAUGUAGCCAGAGAGGGUUGAGCAAGGAAGCUUCUCCAUUUCCUUUCAUUCCAUCCCACCUCCUUCCUUCACUCCCAUGUAGGCUCAGAAGAGAAAAUUUUACGGAUGGCAAAUGGUGUGGGGUGUUUGGGUACACGGAAGUGAUUCUGAACCUCUAUUUCUUGUCUCAUUUUUUGUGACCUUUUCUGGAAUCUUCUCUGGACAGCUGGACAGCUGCACCGCUGGUCCUCACGCGUGGCUGCUGUCCUGUGUGGGCACUCUCAGGAGACCUUGGGAUCAUACCUACCUCCUGGUGGAUGUUUUUAUCCUUCUGCCAAGUGAUUCCAUCUGUUUACUAUUUCCAUUCUUCUAAUCCAAGGGUAAUAAUGUUAAGGAAAAUCAUUCUACUUCCUUCCCCCUCGCCCCAAACACACGUGUAUUCUCUUUUGUCCAUAACUCGUACAAUGGAUUUGGUCAUGAGAGUCUGCUAGGCAGAGGCUGAGAUCCUGAGUUGAGUCCCAUAGGAACCGUCAGUGUCGGGGGUUGGGGGGGGGACUGUUUUCCCUUUAGUGAAGACUGGAGGGUGGGUUAUUUCAUCUCCCAUACCCUAGUUCAGUAUUCUACAACACCCUCUGAUUCUAGAUUUUGUGUUGACUGUGUCCUUUCAAGGAAAAUCUUGGAAUGGAGGGAAAAGUUGUGAAAAGCAGCUCCCCUGCUUCCUGAUGAUGUCCUGUCCUCCCUACCAGCCAAUGUCCUGUCCUCCCUACCAGCCAGUCCCCAGCCGAGGAAGUCAGGCUUGAUUCAUUUCCACGGAAUUACAAGUGAGAGACACUUACAUGACCUGGUGGACCAAACAGGAGAUCCCAGAUCAGCUCUCCUGGUCCUUUCCUGUCUCUGUGGGUCUUUUGGUGUCUUAGUUUACACAGUUGCCAAAGGAGUAGAAUUAUACUACUUUUUACAGGUAAAUUUCAAGGCAUGAUCAGUUUUCAGGAAGUGCUUCAAGACCCCAGGCAAAAUGAAAAUGCCAAGUCCUCUGAAUAUCCAGUCUGUUACUAGGUGCUGCUGUUCAGAGGAUGGGAGCACUUUUCAGGGUGAUUCGGUGGACGUUACCCAGGCCUGCUGUCUUGAGUACAAAUGUGAAUGAUCGACUGACUGCUUAUUGCCAAACUGGAAAUGUUCUGUAGGGAUUUACUGGCAUGGUAUCAUUCCUAGAAGAAAAAAAAGAGAAAGAGAAACUUGACUGCACAUUUUUUUUUUUAAAUCCGUGU